AUGAAUGGUAUAAUUACAAAUAUUGAAAUGUUUCCAAAUGAAUUAUUCAUAGAAUUAUUCGCAUAUAUUUCUCCAUAUGAUUUAUACAAUACAUUUUCUAAUCUAAAUUUUCGUUUUAAUUCAAUAAUUGAUUCUCUACGAAACCUUCAUUUUAUACUUGAAGAAGAUUGGGAUAAUAAAGAACAUACUAUUCCAUUUUUUGCUUCACAUAUAUCAAAUUUAAUUAUCAAACAUGAUGAACCGAUUGAUUUUUCUUGUUAUUCAAAUAUUCGUUCGUUAAAAUUAUCUAUGCCAACAGAAAAUCAAUGUAACGCUAUUCAACCAUAUCUUCUUCCUAAUCUUGAACAUUUGUAUAUAUCAAAUUUAUUCUUUUCGAAUAAUUCUAAACAAUUAUGUCGUUUUAUUUUUUCUCCUUUAUUUUCUCGUUUACGAACAUGUCAUAUCGAUCGAAUGACAUUUAAUGAUUAUCAUUCUUAUUCUUCAUUAUCACUUCAACAACUAACUGUUUCACCUUGUACAUGGAAAUCAAAUAUGUAUAGACAAAUAUUUAAAGCAUGUCCAAAUUUAACUUACUUACGAAUAAUACGUCUUCGAAAUAUAUCCUUUAAAUUAUCUUUCAAUUUUAUUUGUUCACAUACAUCUCUUCGGCAUCUUCAUAUUCAUUUCUAUUCAAUAGGACAUGAAUGGUAUAGUCACAUUGAUUGGUUAUUAGCAAAUAUACCUAAUUUAGAGAAUUUGACCCUUCUUAUCGAUCAAAAUGAAACAAAUAUGGAAUUUCCCUUUGAUUUAUUUGCACAUUUAUUGACUCAUCGUGCACCACAUUUGAUUAAUUUUAAAAGUAUUAUCUUUGAUUUGGAACAAAAAUGGGUUGAAUGGAGUGAAACUCAAUUAACAAAUACAUAUGAUACAUUAAUGAAUUUUAUUCGCUCAUUUGAAAACCAAAAAGAUUAUAUUGUUCAGUUGGCCUAUCCGAUCUCUUUACCAUUACCUUGUCAUUCUCAAGAUGGUCUACAACGCUAUGGUAAUAAAACGGAUUCAGGAAAGAUACUAUGUGGUAUUAAAAAUCUUAAUCUUUUGGAUAAAUGUGUUAUAUAUAGUUUGGGUUCUAAUAACAUAUUUGACUUUGAACAAGAAAUGUCUAAUCAAACUUUAUGCGAAAUUCAUACAUACGAUUGUACUAGUUCACGGCCGCUCCAAUCUAUUAAUCGUGUUUGGUUUCAUCCAAUAUGUAUUGGAAAAGAUGCAAAGUUACAGGAGAGCAUUAAUCCGUUUACUGAAAAUAGUGAUCAUUUAAUGAAUAAAAAUGAAUUAGUUUUUAAAAGUUUCCGAGAUAUAGUUCAAAAGAAUAAACAUACUCAUAUACAUAUUUUAAAAAUGGAUGUUGAAGGAUCCGAAUAUUCUGUUUUUGCUGAUUUAUUCAGUCAAACAAAUCAAAUUAUAUUACCUUAUCAAAUAUCAUUUGAAUCUCAUUGGUGGAAUAAGAAUAUUUAUCAUGCAAUGAUGCAUCAAAAAAUAUUUGCACAAUUAUGGAAAAGUGGCUACAGAUUUUUACAACAUGAAAUCAAUAUAUAUGACAGUUCUUGUAUCGAAUGGACAUUAUUGAGAGUUUUUUGUUAA